GCUGAAUUUUUAAAAUAAAUGUUCCAACCCCUGUUAUUAUCCAGUACUUAUAUUUAACUUCUGUACUGGAUAAUCCUGAGAGAUUCAGCAAGAGACUCGUACCUUCUGGUAGCACUGUAUAAAGAAAGGCCUUCCUCCAGCAAGUGGCCCAAAAAUAUACCUCUUUGGUCUGUUUUUGUUGUUGAUAAAUGCACGGCAUAUUGUAGCAACAGUGGUUUUUAUUACGUACUGCGUCAUGAUAUGGAAUACUCUAGAAUUGUGACAAAACUUGAUACGAGAUUACAAGUAUUUCAAAUCAGACCAAAAGGUUAUUUUGACAACUUGAGAAAACCCACAUUUUGUAUCUUAAAAAAGAAGAAUGUAACGGCCGCCAGAGUUUAAAACUACAGUGCAGGCUUAGCAUAUGCAACACUUCCAGGUACAUUGUAAUUGUCACUCGACACUACUGAUAGUUACUUCCAAACAGUAUUUAAAAGUUUGUUUUGUUUAAAAGGUGCAAGAGUAGAGUGCAAAAUAGAAUGCGGAAAGUAAAAACAGAUCUUAAGAACAAUCACACUUUUAGGACUCACCCAAGCUGACAAAUGCAGGAGCAUGUGGACUCACAGGUAGUACUGAGUAGGAGAUCCAGCGUCUCAGCAUGUGCCUGUUCUUUCAGGCUCUCCAAUACCCUCCCUGAAGGGCUGGGCAAAACACAGGAGUGCCUUGAUGGAAAGCAGUGAAGCUGCGUUGGGGUUAGAGAUCAGUCAGUGUAGCCACACUAGUGCUGACCUCACUUGAUUGAAACUGACUGUGUAAUAUGAAAGGAGGGGGUAUGUUUCAUGUCAGCAGUUGCUGAUCUUGCUUCACAGUGGCUUUAAAAAGCACCUUAUUCACGCUUGGACACUGUACUGGAAGAAUUGCUUUAAACAAUUUUCCCGAAGCAUAUGUAAGGAAGAUAUUAAAAUCUUGAUUAAAAAGAUACAUUUUUUUAAAUCCUCAGGUAUGUGUGAUAGUUAUUAUAAAAGACAACAAUUUCUAAAACAGUAAUAAUAUUCUUUUAAAUUUCUAAACUAAAAGGACUUUUUUUUUUAAUUGCUACAGGAGUUAAAUGUCUUUAGUAAGAAAAAAGGCAGUACAAAUGAGAGUGUUAUUCCUACAACCUUUUCUGUCCCUGGAUAUCAAAGUAUUUAAUUUAGUCUGCCUUGCUUCUACCAGGAGUAUCUUGGGGGGGCAGGGUUCAUGAGGACAAAGAGUCUUCCCUUUUCUUUCCUUACAGUCAUUUUAAUUGUUAGUUGAAAUCUUAAGGUGGCUUCCUUAUUGGGAGGCAUUCACUUUGGUGGGCUUGACAGUCUGUCAAGCUGUGGUAGGCACUUCUUUUUCAGGUGGGCAUGAAGACUGCGUAAGAGAGCAAUUCAUGUUGGGGAAGAGCAGCAUCUGACAGGACUGCAUGCCCAAAGCCUGCAAGAAACAGAAAUGUACCCCAGUGUUCCCACUGAGCACAGGCACUUAGCUUAAAUUCUGAUCUUAAAAAAAUCAUGUAUAGUGUCAAGUUUCCAUACCAGAUCUUCAUCAGUGAAGGUCUUGUCUGAUUACCUACUGACUGCUUAUCAGAUUGCCAGUCAAAUCAGGAGAACAAUACAACCCUUAGAAACUGAAAAGUGUCUGUGACUUUUAUGCCUUAGCAUUGUUAUGAAAUUGGAUGGGUAAAGUCAUUCAUCCUUGAUAAUACUGCAGAAGGCUUCUGGCUUGUUUUUGCUGCUGUUUGGGUUUUUCCAAAUUUUGUCCUCAGUGUAGUGAUUGUAUAUCUUAGAAUAACAGAAAUAUCUAGCACUUCCCAAAGAAAUGAAACCAAAUACAAAGUGGUCUAUCAUAUGAGCCAAACAGCAAAUAGGAUUAUUGAAGUAUUUUCAGACCAUAAAUGGAGCUUGUUGGCAUAUUAUGUGCAACAAAGAGAACUGCUGUUUUAAUCUGUGGUUGAUAGGAAAUGCUGCAGCUAAUCCUAGGAAAGAAUAAAAGAGCGGUCAUCUGUGAAUCCAUGAAUUUAAGAGAUGAGAGGUAUAUUUCAAGCUAUUACAGAGAGACUUGCAAUAGACAAUUAGCUUUGAAAAUUCAGCAGCCACGGUCUGUUUAAAUGCAAAACCUGGCAAAACCACUUGUUUCUACGCCAGCAUAUGAGGAUCUUAUCUCAUUUUAUCAGUGGAGGUCUGCAACAGGAUGGGGUUGGAAGUAAUUCCUCUACCAGAAUACUAAGCUGAUUGGCUUUGUCUGUUUUUCCUCAGCAGAGCUUCUAUUUCUCUGUCGUUUGCAAGCAUGGACAUGCUUUUAUUUUAAUAUCCACAGUGCUAUAUGCAGUGGAAACAAGAGUUACUCUGCUCUAUAAGUUAAUCUGCUCAUAAGAUCACAAAGUUUUCAUUGUGUUGUACUGCUAACGGGAGAAGUGUGUAGGAAUAAUGUGUGAUAACUUCUCAUUGUUCCUGCUUUUAUCUUAGGCAUUGCUUGGUGGCAGAGAAUCCUAUUAAAUUAAUUUUACAUAUAAGCUUCUGGUAUGUACUGAAUUCCUCUAACCCAUUACAGAGAUUCCUGGGUAAUGAACCCAAGAAUUUUAUGAUUACUAAAUUCUAUUUACAGAGAUGACUUAAAACACUUCUUGUAGAACAUCAGCAUACUGUCUUUCACUUAAUGAAAGUGUAAAAUGACUGAUGUCAGUGAAUGGAUUGGUUUAGUUAUCAGAAAGGUUAAAGAUAAAUAAUUAACUGGCUGUUCCAGAACAGGGCUACAAAGCUGAUGGCAGUAAAAGCACAUUAAAAAAUUAUAUUACUGAAUAGUCUGCAGGUCAGCAGCGGGGCAGCCAAAGAAAUGGAUCCAUAAGCAUCAGACUUUUAACUAUGGAUUUUAGGAAACUGUAUGAAAGAACACUCGGGCACUCAUAGAUUGCCACACUGGACUUUGAUGUCCUGCCCCAGUCUUUUGUCUUGCUGCUCCCAGUAGGUAGUGGGAUCUCACUCCCAUCAGGUGUUCAGAGCGUCAGUAGUAAUGAACUCUACGGUCAUAUCCAGAAGGACAAUCAAGAAAAAGUUUUCCUACCAGCAUAAUAGUCUGUGUAAAUGACUGAAGAGAUGUGAAUAUGUGUCACUUUGGUGAUGUUUAGUGCGUCUCUGACAUAUGGGCAGGCUAACGUAAUGCCAGCAAAGAAGAGGUAGUAGCCAAGAGGUUCUGUGACCACAUCAGCGUGGAGCUAACGCGAGUAUGGGCAACAGUAGUCACAGUAGUCUCGAGGUCCACUCAGACUAAUUUUAUUGUGCUUCCAGAUAAAUGAAUUUUCGUUCCUAAUACUUGGUCAGGUGUUUCUGUAAUGAACUGCAGUGCGUUCAGAGGCUUGGUAAAAGGGCGGCAGUAAAUAAAUGCACUGCCAAAAUUAUACUGCCUGCUCCAGUGAUUAAUAGUUCCCAACAUCCAGCAUACACCACAUUGGACUGCCUAAUAGCUCUAAAUCUUCAUGACAGUAGGGCUCUGGACAGAUGGAACUAAGGACGUUGCAUCUAUGUAGUUGCCUUAACGACCAAAUUUGUAAUCACCUCAAAGAAUGAAAUCAGGUUGGUGUGGCAUGACCUAUUUUAUGUAACACCAUCUUAACAUGCAUUAAUUAUGUUCUCAUCCGUUAAUUCUUUAUUGCUCAAAUCCUGUAUCAUCUUUCUGUUAUUUUACCUGAUUUAUCUGGGAUAGAUGUCAGGCUACCUGGCUGAGAGUUACCUGGGUCAACAUUCUCUCUUUAAAUAUACGUAUAAUAUUAGCACUUUUCUUAAUGUUUUGAAAUGUCCUCAGUAUUCCAAGACUUGUUGAAAUUAGCAUUAGCUAGCUAAUGAUGUUGAUUUUAAAAUAUUUAUCCCUUAUACCAUUUAUGUAAUCAUUUCUGUUGCAAAUAUGUGUGUUGGUUGUUCAGCCACUACAUUUUCAAAUGCACAUGUAAUUACGGAAGUCUCUGCACUUACUCUGCAUCAACACCUUGUCUUCAUCUAGUGAAGUCCCUGGACAUUACUGUAGUCUCCAGUUUCCCAUCAUGAGUCCCUUCUUCGCGAUGUCUCUCCUCUUCGUCCUGACUUUCGGUCAAACAGCAUCACUUUGUGCUCCUUCUGAGUAUAUAAUCCAUGUGGAGAAAAGGGAAUGUGCCUACUGCCUGGCCAUCAACACCACCAUCUGCGCUGGAUUUUGCAUGACUCGGGACAGCAAUGGCAAGAAGCUGCUACUCAGAAGUGCUCUGUCCCAGAAUGUGUGCACAUAUAAAGAUAUGUUGUAUCAAACGGCACUGAUUCCGGGCUGUCCUCGUCACAUCGUCCCCUAUUAUUCCUACCCCGUGGCUGUGAGCUGCAAGUGUGGAAAAUGUAACACUGAUUAUAGUGACUGUGUUCAUGAGAAGGUUAGGACAAACUAUUGCACUAAACCACAGAAGCCCUGUAACAUGUAAGCUUCCAACAGAAUGUGGUUAAAAUGUACCUCUCUGCUCACAGCUAAACAUAAAUAAAAGUGUAUUUCAUAACAAGUUUGCAAA